GCCACUCUCCGCAGAUUGACCAUUGACCCUCCCUGACCUCGCUUUCCACCUCCUCCGGCCACAAUGCCUUCCGCCGUACCAGUCAACGGGACCACGCCCCAGCAGGCCGCCACCUCGACCGACGGCAGCCUCUCUGCAAAUGACAACAUCCGUCGUUUCGCAGCCCCCAGCCGGCCAUUGAGUCCGCCCGCCGCCCACCUGCUCUUCCACCCCAAGACACGAUGCUUUGUCUACGGCCUGCAGCCCCGCGCCGUGCAGGGCAUGCUCGACUUCGACUUCAUCUGCAAGCGCAAGACGCCCUCCGUCGCCGGCAUCAUCUACACCUUUGGCGGUCAGUUCGUCAGCAAAAUGUACUGGGGAACCAGCGAGACGCUUCUGCCCGUCUACCAGUCGGUAGAGAAGGCCGUGGCCAAGCACAGCGAUGUCGACACCGUCGUCAACUUCGCCUCGUCGCGAUCCGUCUACAGCUCCACCAUGGAAUUGAUGGAGUUCCCGCAGAUCAAGUGCAUUGCCAUCAUCGCCGAGGGUGUGCCUGAGCGACGUGCCCGAGAAAUUCUGCACGUCGCCAAGAAGAAGGGCAUCACCAUCAUCGGCCCGGCCACCGUCGGUGGCAUCAAGCCCGGCUCGUUCAAAAUCGGCAACACUGGCGGUAUGAUGGACAACAUCGUCGCCUCCAAGCUCUACCGCCCCGGCUCCGUCUCUUACGUCUCCAAGUCUGGUGGUAUGUCCAACGAGCUGAACAACAUCAUUGCCAACACCACCGAUGGUGUGUUGGAGGGUGUUGCCAUUGGCGGUGAUAGGUAUCCGGGAACUACCUUUAUCGACCACGUCCUCCGCUACCAGGCCGACCCCGACUGCAAGAUCAUUGUGCUGCUCGGCGAGGUCGGUGGUGUUGAGGAAUACCGUGUGAUUGAGGCGGUCAAGUCCGGCCAGGUCACCAAGCCCAUCGUCGCGUGGGCCAUCGGUACCGUUGCUGGUAUGCUCAAGACCGAAGUACAGUUUGGUCACGCUGGUUCUUUCGCCAACUCUCAGCUCGAGACUGCGGCGACGAAGAACAGGACGAUGAGGGAAGCCGGCAUCUACGUCCCUGAGACCUUCGAGGAGAUGCCUGGCACUCUUGCCCAGGUCUACCAGAAGCUGGUCAAGGAUGGAACCAUCAAGCCCAAGCCCGAACCAGCUGUUCCCAAGAUCCCCAUCGACUACUCCUGGGCGCAGGAGCUCGGUCUCAUCCGAAAGCCCGCCGCUUUCAUCUCCACCAUCUCCGACGACCGUGGCCAGGAGCUUCUCUAUGCCGGUAUGCCCAUCUCUGACGUCUUCAGGGAGAACAUUGGUAUCGGUGGUGUCAUGUCUCUGCUAUGGUUCCGCCGCCGCCUGCCCGACUACGCCAGCCGCUUCUUGGAGAUGGUGCUUAUGCUGACGGCCGACCACGGUCCCGCCGUGUCCGGUGCUAUGAACACCAUCAUCACUACCCGUGCAGGCAAGGAUCUCAUCAGUGCGUUGGUGUCCGGUCUCUUGACCAUUGGCUCCCGCUUCGGUGGUGCCCUUGACGGUGCUGCCGAGGAGUUCACCAGGGCCUUUGACAAGGGUCUCAGCCCUCGUGACUUUGUUGACACCAUGAGGAAAGAAAACAAGCUGAUCCCCGGUAUCGGCCAUAGGAUCAAGUCCCGAAACAACCCCGACCUCCGUGUCGAGCUCGUCAAGGAGUACGUCAAGAAGAACUUCCCCAACACCAAGCUGCUUGACUAUGCUCUCGCCGUCGAGACUGUCACAACGUCCAAGAAGGACAACCUUAUUCUCAACGUCGACGGCUGCAUUGCCGUCUGUUUCGUUGACCUGAUGCGCAACUGCGGUGCCUUCUCCGCUGAGGAGGCUGAGGACUACCUGAAGAUGGGUGUCCUCAACGGUCUCUUCGUGCUCGGCCGCAGCAUUGGUCUGAUUGCUCACUUCCUCGACCAGAAGAGGCUGAGAACUGGCCUCUACAGGCAUCCCUGGGACGACAUCACUUACCUCCUCCCGUCGCUGUCGCAAGGUGGUGCACCGGGAGCGGAGGGUCGUGUCGAGGUCACCUUGUAGUUCUGAGUUAGGCAAAAAGGAAGGAAAUAUCCAGGUUCAGGUCUCCGUUUGUUGGGCCUGGACAGGCGUCUUCAGAUUUUAGAUGUGCAUUCGGCGUGCUAGAGGAAGUCAGACAUAUCGGGGUCAGUGUAGCAAUAGUCGUUAG